AGCUACCCCUGGAUUAGCUGCUUGUUUUUCAGCAACGCAUUACGUCGCGCGCCAUGGAUCAGUACAGUAUUCUCGGGAGGAUUGGUGAAGGAGCGCAUGGAAUUGUCUUCAAAGCAAAACACAUCGAGACAGGAGAGACGGUGGCAUUAAAGAAAGUGGCUCUACGCAAGCUAGAAGACGGAAUCCCCAACCAAGCACUAAGAGAAAUUAAAGCACUUCAGGAAAUUGAAGAUAACCCAUAUGUAGUGAAGCUGAUGGAUGUGUUCCCACAUGGUACUGGCUUUGUACUCGUCUUUGAGUACAUGCUGUCAGAUCUGUCAGAGGUCAUCCGGAACUCUCAGAGGCCCCUAACCGAGUCUCAGGUCAAGGGAUACAUGAUGAUGUUGCUCAAGGGGGUGGCCUUCUGUCAUGAUAACUCCAUCAUGCACAGGGACUUGAAGCCUGCAAACCUUCUAAUCAGCUCGACAGGUCAUUUGAAGAUUGCUGAUUUUGGUCUGGCGAGGCUUUUUUCCAAUGAGGGAGAGAGGCUUUACAGUCAUCAGGUGGCCACAAGGUGGUACAGAUCGCCAGAGCUUCUAUACGGUGCUCGAAAAUAUGAUGAAGGAGUGGAUCUGUGGGCAGUGGGUUGUAUUUUCGGGGAGCUGUUGAAUAACUCUCCUCUUUUCCCUGGAGAGAACGACAUCGAGCAGCUGUGCUGUGUUCUCCGUGUCCUGGGAACUCCCAACCAAAAAGUGUGGCCGGAGAUCACAGAGUUGCCCGAUUACAACAAGAUCACGUUUAAAGAUAACCCUCCGAUCCCUUUGGAGGAAAUCGUCCCCGACACGUCGCCGCAGGCCGUCGAUCUGCUGAAGAAAUUUCUCGUUUAUCCAUCCAAACAGAGGAUUAGUGCCAGUCAGGCUUUGCUGCAUUCCUACUUCUUCACAGACCCACUCCCUGCCCAUCACUCGGAGCUGCCCAUACCUCAGCGCGGGGAGAAACACUCUCGUCAGCGCCUGCAGACCCCUUACGAGUUCUCGGUGGAACAGCCUUUGCACGAAAGUCUGGUGGAUCCCAGUCUUAUCCAACCACACGCCUGGGGGUGUUUAUAAAACCCGCUUCACUGACUUCUUUGCACAGGAACAGGUGGCUAAAGCUGACUGUUCCUGAAUAUUAAUGAUACUUAUUUCCUUUCCUAUAACUUUAAUGAUAUGCAUUGCGAUUGUCAAAUCAUCAGCUCACUAAGGAACAGCCAUAGCUGUUGUAAUGCUGAUCAGAUCGUACGUACUAGACAUGACUGACUCUAAUUCUUUAGUGUUUGUUUCACAACUGCUGAUUUGCUGGCUCUGCUUCUGUUUUUUUAUUCGUUCCUAUGUUUGUUGUUUAAAUUGUUUUUCGUCUGUGCAUUCAGUUCACAAUAUAAACUUUACAGAGCGAGUUGUUGAACCCAAGCCAGCAUUUCAUAAUCCUCAGCAGAGGUGGCUCAUAGAAUUAGAGCGACGCCUUAGAUAACAGCAAACAGCCACCACAUGACUAAAACCACACCCUGUUUACUAUAUAGUGCACCAUCAUGUCUAAAAAAAAAAAAAAACUUAACGGAGAAUAUCCAGCACUGUUGAGAAUAUUUCUUUUUGCAAACAUAACUCAGUUAACUCUAGUGAACUCAUUCAUAUAUUUAUUUAUUUAUUUUAAUGAUGACUUUUUGCCUGUAAUUAUCUGAUUUGUGAAGA